GGUUUGUUGAAAAAUGACAACUAAGGUGUGUGUGUGCGAUAAUGAAAAAUUGUAUACGCAAAAUUAAAAGGUGAUAGGUGGUGGGUGAAAAUUAUGGAACACAACUGCAUAUAUGUAUGUAUGUUUGUGUUUUAAGUGUACAAAAUGUGCUUGAAAAAUAUGCAGUAGAAAUGUUGAAAGUGCAAAAAUAUAAAGCUAUUUAUAGUGUUAAAAAUAAAUGCAUUCAUUAUACACAUGUCUAUAUGUCUAUAUGUGCAGAUAUGUUUUGUUCAAUAUAUUUAGUUGUGUGCGUAAUGCAAGUAAGCAUGUUUUCUGCAGGCAAAAGUGCAAACAAAUUUGAUUUAAAAUGCAUUUGAGCAGAAAUUUUUGCAGCACCAAGGCAACCAAAGCACAGGAAGUGAAUAAAAUUAAGUAGUUGGUUUGAAGUUCACAAGCAAAAGGCAGUAAAAAAGAAAAUGUAAAAUAAAUCAAAAGGGAAAAAAUGUGAAACACGAAAAUCGUUAACCAAAGAAUCGAAAAGUCAUUACUUUUUAGAGCUCGCCGUAAUACUUUUAGAUGAUAAAUGUGCGCUAGAAAUAACCCAUCUUUAAAAUAUAGUUAAGUAAAUACACACACCUAUACAUAUAUAAGCUAUACAAAUGACUAUGAACGGGCUACUGGGACGCUCAGUACUGACUGAUGGAUCUCGUUCGAAUCGCCGUUCGUUGGUUUCGCUCAUCGUCGGUUUGGUCGUCGGCUUUUGUCUUGCCGAAAUGUUCAUUUUAUCGACACCAACGCGGCGUGAAUAUCUGCCAUAUGCCGGCCAUCAGCAUGGCGAUAUAAAUGAUGCGCACAACAGUCACGACAUGCUCGGCGAGGAAGGACCCGAAUCGGAUGUGGGCGCACAUCAACAUGCCUACGAAAAUUCCAGCAUUGCGACGAAGUUAAGCAAUGAAGUGCGUAUUUUAUGUUGGAUUAUGACAAAUCCAAAAAAUCAUAAAUCCAAAGCACGACAUGUGAAACGUACGUGGGGUCGCCGCUGUAAUAAGUUAAUCUUUAUGAGCUCAGAGUUGGAUGAAGAACUGGGCACGGUGGCGUUGCCAGUACAGGAGGGACGCAACAAUUUGUGGGCGAAAACCAAAGAGGCAUAUAAAUAUAUUUAUGAGCAUCAUUUAGACGAUGCGGAUUGGUUUUACAAAGCCGACGAUGAUACCUAUGCUGUUAUGGAGAAUAUGCGUUAUAUGCUGUAUCCAUACUCACCGGAGACGCCCAUAUAUUUUGGCUGCAAAUUUAAGCCGUAUGUGAAACAGGGCUACAUGUCCGGUGGUGCCGGCUACGUGCUGAGCAAAGAGGCCGUACGACGUUUCGUUGAAAAAUCCAUACCAAAUAAAGAUUUUUGCAAACAAGAUAAUACCGGUGCAGAAGAUGUGGAAAUUGGCAAAUGUUUAGAGAAAGUCAAUGUAAUCGCUGGCGAUUCACGUGAUCAAAAUGCGCGUGGGCGUUUCUUUCCAUUUGUACCCGAGCAUCAUCUAAUACCGUCGCAUACGGAUAAGGGUUUCUGGUAUUGGCGUUAUAUUUUCUACAAAACCGAUGAGGGCUUGGACUGCUGCUCGGAUACCGCUAUAUCGUUCCAUUACGUAUCGCCCAAUCAAAUGUAUGUGCUAGACUAUUUGAUCUAUCAUUUGCGUCCAUAUGGCAUUAUAAAUACGCCCGAAGGGCUGCCGGAUCGUUUGAAAGUGGGUCAAACCCUAGCACCGCCGGUAGAGCAGACAACCACCGACAUAAUUGCAACUGAGAAGAAGAGUGUUGAGAAGAAGAGUACGACAUGAAAGUGGUUGUGAAAGCGAAUGUGGUGAUUUAUUAAGUAGUAUGUUUGUGCAUACAUGUGUGUGGAAGGCUUUUUGUAAAUAUAUAUGUAUGAAUUUCUGCAUAACUUCAUAUUAACUACUAACCUACAUACUCGUAUAUACAUACGUGUAUGUAUGUACGAAUGCUUGAAACUAGCAAUACAGUGUCAUAGACAGUAAAAGCUAAAAAAAUUCUUUAUACACACAUAUUGACAUACUAAAUAUAAGUAUUUGAGCUUAAUCAGAAAACGACAUAAAAUUGUAGAUAAAAAAUCGAACUCUCAAAAUCUAGCCAAGCUGUAUUAAAAAAAUAUAUUUCCGGCUUAAAAUUUAAUUAGUUUAAAUAAUUAUUUAUAUAUACAUAAA